AUGUUCUCAGUUUGAAUUCGUUAGUUGGUGGAAAGCAUUCGUAGCAUCUUUGAAUUGGGGCAGGUGAUUGGGCAACGCGUAUCUGAAGCUGAAUAAACACAUCCAUCUAUCAAAUGGAAAAUUUUACAACAGAAUUCAAUGGCACGCUGUCACAUCAUUUGGAUCGGGGGCAAUAUUUUGAAAUUGAAUUGCAGACUAUUGAAAAUGCUAAGAAGUUCCACAUUUCACUGGCCAAGGAAAAACUCAACAAAAAUCAAGAUGCCGACAUUGCUAUGUAUCUCUUGGUGAACAUUGCCGACAAAAAGAUUUCAGCCAAUUCACGCUACGGUGGAGAUUGGAUCAAUGCCAUUGAGGCCGAAUGUGAUAUAAGCGAUGCCUUGAAACAGCCUCUCAAAAUCACCAUACAUUUGUGGGAGGAGAGUUUCAAUGUGGCCAUCAAUGGUGAUCAUAAGAUACGCCUGUACUAUUGCGGCAACAUUCACCUGGUGCAGGCCAUACAAAUUGAAGAUGACAUUAAGCGCAUUACCAGAAUCGACCAUCGCAACACGUAUCCCAAGCCAUGGCCCCUAUGGUGUCGUGUACACCAUAGUGCUUUGGGUGAGACCAACUAUUUUAGCAGUGAUGUGCCCAGGGCACCCCAUCAGGGUCUUAUGGUGGUCAUAAGGGUACGAUGUUAUGGUGAAAUGGGUCGUUUGAACAUCAAUACCAAGCAUGAGGAGAGGGGAAAACUAUUUGCCCACUUUUGCAUAAGAUUUGAUCAGAAUUUAGUGAUAUGCAACAGCAUGCAGGAUGGACUUUACGAUCAAGAGGAACGUGCUAACAGCUUCCCUUUUGAUUUUUCCCGAGAUUUUCGCAUUGGCAUUGCGUGUGGCGAAAAGGCUUUCUUGCUUGCAGUCAAUGGCACCAAUUUGUGCACAUUCGCCUACCGGGAUUGGGAAGAGUGUCAGUUGUCCACUGUGGGCGGUUUCAAUAUGACCAGUACUCAUGGCCUACAAUUUAAGGUUACCGAAUUUGAUUAUGUACAAUUGAAUGGGCCCGAGUGUAAAAAUUUCGAAAUGCAAACAAUGAACUAAGAAAAAGUUUUAUGAUUAAGGAAU